AUGGAGGCUGCUGGCUUGAUGGACAUUAUUCCCUGCUUGCCAAUUCGGGGGAUCUGCGAUUAUUCUGACUCACACAAGAACAAGUCGUGGCAGAGGUAUGCCGCUGCUACAGCAGCCGCGUUUACAACCGAGCUUCUUGCGGUGCUUCCCUCAAGCGAAGGUCGUGAAAGGUUGAAACUUCCAUCUCGGACUGAAUCGGGACCACCGGACGAUCGUUGCCAACAAUUACUCGAGUUACUUAAUUUCGACCAGAAGGACUCUCGCCAGUCUUCCAUCAAAACUGCUCAUGCAAAGACGUGCCGAUGGCUUUUGACGCACCCCGACUAUGAAGCAUGGUUAGAUCCCGAGAGACUUCUACAACAUCACGGUUUUCUCUGGAUUCGCGGCAAGCCCGGCGCCGGCAAGUCGACGAUCAUGAAAUUUGCGUACGGAAACAUGCGCAAAGCUUGUCGCAAGCAUGGGACUACUGCAGCUUUCUUCUUCAAUGCUAGAGGGGAUUAUAUCGAAAGAUCUGUGCCAGGAAUGUACCGCUCAUUGCUUUUGCAACUACUCCAAGGUGUUCCAGAAGUUCAGAAAGUUGUGGACAAUCUCGAUUUCGAGUACCAAGAUCUGAACGAGUGUCUUCAAUUGGACCAUCUGAAGGAGAUUUUCUGCAGUGCUGUUCUGGCGCUCGGACAGCAACCUUUCACAUGUUUCAUCGACGCACUCGACGAAUGCGACGAACAACAGGUGAUGGACAUGAUCCGAUUAUUUGAAGAGCUUGGGACAGAAACAACUGAGAAUGGUAUCAAAUUCAGAAUAUGCUUUUCAAGCCGACAUUAUCCAUACAUCUUCAUGCCGACGAGUAUUGACCUAACACUGGAAAACCAGCUCGGCCAUACUAAAGACUUGGCCGCUUUCGUGGGCAGCCGUCUUAGGAUCCGGGAUACGACUCUCCAUUCGCAACUACAAGCAGAUAUUCUACAGAAGGCCUCAGGAGUUUUCCUCUGGGUUUCCCUCGUGGUGGACAUUCUGAAUGAACAGCACGCUCGGGGCGGAAUGGAUCUAAGGAAGCGUCUCAAAGAGAUACCGGGCGAUCUGCAUGCUUUAUUUAAGGACAUGUUGCGUCGCGACGCACACAACAAAGAAGGCCUUCUGCUGAGCAUCUUGUGGAUCCUGUGCGCUAAGAGACCAUUAAAGACCUCGGAAUUCAGCCACGCAUUAUGGUCUGGCCUGAUAAUUAAAGGCCAAGCGGACGAUGAGCCCCCAAAUUUGACGACCUCGAAUGGUUCAGACGUCGCAAACAGAUUUGUCAUCGGUUCUUCCAAAGGAUUGGCAGAAGUAACGCAGGCCAAGGAUUCUAGAGUACAGUUCAUUCACGAGUCUGUACGAGACUUUCUGCUCAAAUCUGGUGGUCUAAAAGAACUUUGGCCUGAUCUGGGAUAUGACUGGCAAUUCCAAGCUCAUGAAAGAUUGAAAGAAUGCUGCAAAUUCUAUCUUGAGUAUCCACCAAUACGGGAUUUUGCGAGCCAGCUACUAAAGGGUCGGGAAUACUUUUUCAAGUUCAAGGAAAGGACGAGCGCAAAGUUCCCCUUUCUUGAGUAUGCAAGCAGGCAUAUUCUAGGGCAUGCUGACAUUUCCGAGGAAGCGAUCUCACAACAAGACCUUCUCUGUCAGUUUCCGAUUCAACCAUGGAUUGCCAUUUCAAAUCACUUUCAAGGACACCAUACACGUCGAUAUACUGUCCACACCAGUCUUCUCUACAUUCUUGCAGAUAGAGGGCAUGCAAAUCUCAUUCGCCAGUGGCUUACCAAAAGCCCCGAGACAGAUGUAUUUGAUAAGACAACUCGGUUUCGAUACCCACUGUUUGCUGCUUUGGCGAACGGCAAUAGAUCCUCAGUCGCUGCCCUGAUCAAUGUCAAAAAGACAGCACAAGACGUUGUUGAGAUCACGGAGGGACUCAACCAUAUCAAAGACCUUAAGGGCUUUAUCGGAAGAACGCCUUUGUCUUGGGCUGCUCAAGAGGGCCGUAUUGACAUGGUCGGGCUCUUGCUUCGCAAUGGAUCAUCACCAUCAGAGAUUGACGGACAAGGCCAUACGGCCUUAUUAAGAGCCUCAAGGAGUGGUCGGGAUGAGGUUGUUAAAAUGCUACUUGAACAUGGCGCAAAUUUCAAACCUUCCAGCUUUGCAACAAUUAAGGAAAGUCCAAUAUUCUGGGCCUCCACGGGCGUGUUGGUUGAAUUGCUCAAAGAGAAAGGGGCAUAUGCCAACAUUCCACGCAAGAGCCUGGGUGAAGCCUUUCUUCAUAUGUCUCACGUUGGGAACGAAAGAGGGUUGCAGGCUCUCAUUGAAUGUAACGACCGGAUAGAUGUUGCAUCCCAGAUCCAUGCCACUAACAGGAGCGACGAGGAGACACCGCUUAUCAAAGCUACAAAGCAAGGACAUGAAGCAGUGGCAAGACUUCUAAUUCAGCAUGGGGCAAACAUCAGAAUUGGUUAUACAAUUCUGGGCAGGGAUGCUCUCCAAUUGGCUAUCAUUUAUGGUCAUCCGAGAUUAGCCAAGCUGUACAUCCAACUCGGCGCAGAUGUAAACGGUCAAAGUAGCGGAGAGUCAACAAUUUCUCUAGCUUUCCAAAGCAGGCAUAUGGGGACCGCCAAGCUGCUUAUUGACGCAGGAGUUGAUCUCUUCGCCGAAGUUUCUUCUGGUAAUACUACGUGGGCUGGCCCGCCGCAUAGAAUUCUAAUAUUCGCUUCAAAGUUCGGCCAGGCAUCUAUCGUGGAGUUUCUUUUGAGAGACGGAGGUGAAGAAGACAUCAGCGGAGCGGUCAUAAGUGCGGCACUCAAAGUCGCUCAAGCUGGAGGGCAUGCGACUAUAGCGGAAACUCUCAUGUCAGCUGGCGCUAUCGAGGACUACGGUGACGAGUACGACAUGAGUUUCUUCAAUGAGAUGGAAUGA